CUAGAGUUAAACUUCUCUGACCCUAGUCACACUAGAGGCGGAAUGAGCCGGAAUGCCGUCGGAAUGAAAAUUCUUUGUAUAUUCCUGAAUGUUCGAAGUGCAUUCUUAAACUUCUGACUGCAUUCUGAGUGCAUUCCAAAUAUUCGGGCCCAUUUUUGUGGCCAGCCCGAAUGUUUUGCUCAUGCUCAAAACUUUCGAGGUGCAUUCGAAGUGGAGAAAUAUCGAACGGCAUUCGAAGUGUAUUCUAACUGCACUCUGACUGCAUUCUAAAUAUUCUUACGGCAUUCCAACAGCAUUCGAAACAUUCUGAUCGCAUUCGAGGGAGAAUCGAAAGGCCAAGCCACUUCAAAUCCUGCCAGAAUGUCCCGAAUGCGCCUCGAAUGAGCCGGAAUGCACCUCGAAUGCAUCUCGAUUGCUGCCGGAAUCUAUUUCGAUAUUAAAAGAAUUCAGCUGGAAUGCACUUCGAAUGCCGUCAGAAUUAAUCUCUCGAUUGCCGCUCGAAUGCGGCUCGAAUGCAGUCGGAACGUCCCGAUUGGCCCUCGAAUGAGUCCGGACGUAAUUCAACGCCGAAUCGCAUAAAAACGCGGCCAGCUGCCGCUGGAACGUCAGUCUGCAUUGAGAAGUCGCCUGGUCAACAUCACGUCAUGCCACCAAGGAAGAAGGGAGCCAAGGUCAAGAAAUCCACCACUGGCCGCGGCCAUGGACGGGGCAGGGGUGCUGCAGCCCAAGAAGCACAUGAAGAGCCAGCUCCUGUUGUUGAAGAUGCUCCAGCACCUUCAGAGUCUGAAGCUGAGUACACAGCCCCUGCCCUAGCUGCUUCCCAGAUGGACAUAGUGGCCGAGGUCCAUCAGCCAGCAGCACAGUCCUCCUCUGACAGUGAUGAUGAGCUUCCUCCCAGUGAGGCUGCCAAGUCCCAGAAGAAGCUCAAGAGGGAGAUGGUGACGGCUGACUUCACCGAGGAGCAGGAGCAGGAGAUGGUUGACUGGCUCCAGGCCCCCGAGCAAGAUUGCCUCCUCAACAAGAAGCACUCCAACUACAUCAAGAAGGGCCUGAAGGACGCACUGUGGGAGCAGAAGGCCAGGGAGAUGGGCAAGACCAGUGACCAGCUGAAGAAGUGGUACGCCAACAUGAGAUCAAGGUUUGGCAAGCUGAAGCAGACUCCCUCAGGUUCUGGCAACACUGAACUGACUGCAAGGGACCGCUGGAUCCUGCGCCACUUCGAAUUUCUCAGGCCCCACCUCAUCGUCCAGGGCAAAAAGAGGGUCACUGUCAGUAUGAAGGUCAAGGUCCAAGCCAGGGCAGCUCCGGCUGCAGCAGCAGGAGCUCCCCAGUCUGAGUCUGAGUCUGAUGCCGCUGAUCAUCACCCCCCUGCAGCCGUUCAGUCUGAUGCAGACACUUCCUUGGGGUCCAGGUCCAGGGCUACUGAUAACAAGCUCUCCAAGGCUGAGAAGUCACCCCUGCAACGCCAGAAGGACACCUUUGCUGACUUCAUGAAGGAGGUCACCUACACAUUCCCUCCCCCCAUGUGGCUGAGGUUCCAGAGUGAAGUCAACAGCCUGUUGCAGAAGUACCAGUUUGAGCUUCACCAGCAGCCUCCCAUGCAUACUCAGGGACACUAAAGGUGCAUACAUUUUUCAAGGGGGAACUGGAGGAAAAUGAUAUACCUUUUUGUUCAAUUCAAUAUUUAAAAUGGGGUGAGGUGGG